AUGGCGGUUGAACAGAGCGAGAGGAUAUUCGUCCUCCCCGGCGAUCAAAUAGAUCCCUCAUUAAUACCCUCUCAUCCAAAGCGGCCACUAAGACUCGGUCCUGGACUUCGACACAUUCCUCCAAACGAGCUGGUCCCCACAGUCGCUGGCCAGCUCGUCACAUAUUACAGGAAGAAUUCGAUAUGGGUUGAGUACAACGGAGGUCGAUACAUACCCGCGGUCGGUGACCUCGUCAUUGGAUCCGUUCACCACUCGGCAGUGGAUUACUUCUACGUCAUGCUGUCGGGGUACACUUCCAAUGCUAUCCUGCCUCAGCUAGCAUUCGAGAUGGCCACGAAGAAGACGCGGCCCAACCUGAAUCCCGGGGCUCUGGUCUACGCGAGGGUCUGCCUUGCCAAUCGGCACAUGGAUCCCGAGCUGGAAUGCGUGUCGCCAAGCACAGGCAAAGCAGACGGUCUGGGUCCCUUGAAUGGCGGGAUGCUAUUCGACAUCUCCUUAGGAAUGGCUCGACGGCUCCUCAUGCGCAAGUCCGUUGAAGAGGGCAAAGUCAUUGUCCUAGAGGAACUCGGAACCGCCGGUCUUGCGUUCGAGACUGCCGUCGGUAGGAACGGGAAGAUAUGGGUUAAUAGUGAGAAAGUCAAGACCGUGCUAGCUGUUGGGCGGGCGGUGAAGGAGACUGAUGAGAAAAACCUCACUAUCGAACAGCAGAAGAAGUUGGUACGAAAGCUAGUCAAGGAAAUGAGUUAA